AUGGACCUCCCGGAAGAAAUGUCACGAAUGAAUGCUGGAGAGGAAUCCCCGAAUGCGAGAAAGAAACAGAUGGCGACUGCUAGUUUCGGAAACAGCAUUCACGUGGGAACUGACGAAAACAGCGUUGUCAGUAGGAAGAAGGCUUGGUCUGUGGACACAACGAUAUCCUCCAAGAGUGGGAAACUGACGAUAGCCCAGCUGGAGGUGGAGGAGACAAGCGCAACUUAUGAAUUCGCCAGUGCCAUCAAAUUGAAGGGAAGGGUGGUUGCUGUCAUUCGGGACAGGAGGAACAUGGAGAAAGUUGUGCAGGUGGUUGAAAACGAUGUGGCAACAGUUCUUAAUGACGUUAAUGACAGAAAUGGAGGUAGGAUGGGGGAUUUUAGGUUUGACAUGGACAACCGCACUGUUCAACUGCCACUAGAGGGCACCGUCACAUUCAGAUAUGGCGUGUCCCAGAGGGUUAAGGUUUCCUAUGGACAAAGGACUGAUGAAGCAAGAAACCAAAUCACCCCAAGACCCAAUAUGUACCCAUCGAUUCACUUGGAGGAUGUGUGA